CAUAACCGCCACUGUCUUCUCUGUCGGAGCCGUCUCUACAACGACUGAGAUGGCGGUAGCAGGUGGCCGUUGGAGUGCGGCUAUCAUGUGUCAGAUCCCUGAUCAGUCAGGCGCGCCGCCUCAGAUUGCGGACUUCUUUGGUGUCAGGUACGGUCGUUCAGUCAUGCGGCCUGGAGCCGAGGUGCCGGAGUGGUGCAUGAGGUGAAGUCUUGAGUUCGGACAGGAGCGUGGCCCGGACUUACCCGAGGUGGGUCAGUCCGGGCUUUGCCUUUCGUGGUGUUCCUUGUAGAGCUCCGGAUUUCUAAGGAAAGCUCGGGUUCUACCUCCUAGGAAGCACGGGUUCUCUUUGGGGAGCUCGGGGCGCCUCUCCUUGGGGGGCUCAAGCCUCUUCUUGGGCUAUGGCUAUGUCGCUGUGCCGAGCUGAUGCUCCUGCCAGGUUAUACCCGGUUGCCUCCACGUGUCGCGCGGCCAAGGGGUUGGGCCAAAUCCCCCUCCAUCAAUUGCCCCCCACUCCCCGUGCCCGGGGUCUUGACCCGGUGCGGGGAGUUCACGGGAUGACAGGUGGAUUUGCCUCGUGGCGUGCUUCGUCCAGCUUGGUGAUCCUCCGGUCUGACCCGCCUAUGCCUUUGGCUCGAUCAGGGUUAGUUCCGCUUGACCAAGGGUCAACCCGGGUCGCGUACAGCUCACGCGCGGACAUCAAACGAUUAUUAGAUUUCGGACGUAAAAAAUUUGCGCUAAACUGAUUUCACCUCGGGGGUCCUGGUCACGUUUCCCUCGCUAUAGUCUUCAGCACUUGUUCUUUGAGCUCGCGUUCAAGGUCUUCAGCUUGCGUCACUUUUCCUAGUCCGGUAGCUUUUCCUUGGUGAUGAGUCCCCUUAGCUUUUCUUUCAAUUUCUUUCCUUUCAAUGUCUAGUUCGGAAAGCUUAGAUAGUCUUCUAGGAGAGCCUGAGGUGGGGACCUCGGCUCGUGCUGCUUCUUUCGACAACCUUCUGGAUGAGCCGGAGGUAGGGCCUUCAGUCUGGGUCACCUCUAGCAGCCUGGCAUCUACUUCUCGUCGAGUUCGGAUGCUAGAUAAGUUCGGACCUUCCACUAUGACGUCUGAGAGACUUCGGUCUCUUGUUCGUCAGUUCAAUCUAACCGGGGAGUACACCUAUAGUUUACCUACGGGCGACUUCCCUUGGGAGCAUGGUUCGGAUGAGAUCGUGAUUUUCCGGGAGCAGUUCGUCGCCGGGCUGCGCCUUCCCCUUAAUUCCCUUAUCGUCGAGGUCUUGAAUCACUUCGGCGUCACUGUUGGUCAACUCCACUCGAACUCCAUCCGCAACGUUGUUGGGACCAUCUCCCUCUAUUGUGAAUAUGUCCUCCCGCUAGAUUUAGAAAUCUUCUCCGCCCUCACGCUUAAGAAGCAUGCAAGCUUCCUUCCCGAGCACAGGCGGGCCUACUACUUGUCUCCCCGCACGGGGUUUAAGCUUCUACACGAGCUUCCAAGUAAGGUUCCAGCAUGGAAGCGGUACUACUUUGUGGUCCGAAGUGCUACGGGGUGGCCGUUCCCCACCCAUUGGAGGGCGGCUAUUCACGACCUCGGUGCCAUGUUAGACAAGAACAUGGCGGAGACCUUCCAGUCUUGGGCCCAGCUCGGGCUCGAGUGCAAAGAUUACCUUACGGAGGCUAAGCUUAGCCGGUCUGAGUCCGGUUGUCAUGGAGGAGGAGAAGACCUGUGGCGACAACCUGCUCGACGGGAUGAAGAGGAGAAGGCGGGUUACUAAGCAGGCUCGCGUUGAGUCUCCUCGGGCUGUGGAGCCCGAAGUUCCAAGCCAUCCUCCAGUCAUCAACCUGGAGUCUCCCAGGGAGCCCGAGGUGGCAGGGCCUGCUCCGGAGGUUGCGGCGGAAUCCGAGGUUGUAGAGGCUCGGGACGUCGACACUACGGAAGCUUCCCACACUCAGACGGUAUUCUCCAGCUCGGGGAGCCAGGAGGGGGUCGGUAGUGUGUUGACGCCAAGCUGUGCUCUCUGUAAGAGCAAAAAGGCUGUCUACCCUGGGGAGGUUUUGGAAUGGGCUGAACUUCCUCCAGGUCACAUCGGUGCCCGCGCUGCGUCUCAUGCCAUGGUGGUAAACUCCUCCAUCCACGCCUUAACUAUUUAAUCGGAGAGGAACCCGAAGCGGGCACAAGCUGCCGAAGAGGCAUCCCGUGCAACGCAUACCGAGCUAAGGAUAGCUCGGGAGUGGAUCUAUCGUCUUGAGGGUGAUACUUCGGCUCAGAAGAAUGCCAUCGGGACCUUGACGUCGGAGAAGGUUGCAAUGGAUCGCGAGUUGGAGAGGUUUCGGAGGGAGAACGCGGCCUUGAGGCUUGUUGUAAAGCAUCUCGCGAACUCAAAAGGGGUCUUGGAGCACGAGGUGGAAUACCUUAAGGCCGAUAUCAAGGAGAAGUCCGAGAUCUUCUUCCAAGCCAUCGCGUCAGAGCGCUUUGACGACCUGAUGGUGGGCUCGUAUCGGAGGGGUUUCAAGUUGAGAUGGUGGAUGAUAAGGCAUACGUACCCCGGACUCGACACUCGUGCCAUAACCACCUCGCGCAUUACUCCCGACAUGGCUCUCCAGGUUGACGAGGACCCGGACUCCGACAAUGAAGCAGGCGCCUCAAGUGCCGUCGAAGUUCCUUCUGAUGUCUUGAUCGAGGGAGGUGUGCCUCCGAAGUGAUAUGUACCGAGCCUGCGAGCUCGUUUUUAUUUUGUCUUUGUAUUGAAUCGAUUGUAAAUGAAAUGUUGGUAAUGGAAUACCUUUUUCUGGUUAA